GAGAGAUCAAGGCUGCCUUACCUGUUCUUCACGCACCUUUCUGUUGCGACUUAAUCCUGCCUGAAAUAUGUGCAUCUGCAUUCUAAAGAGACUCAAAGACUAUGCAUUUCUAUACCAACCCUUCAUGUCCCGCUGCCGACGGGAGACGUCGGACGACUCGACAGAGGGUAGUAGACCUACGUGUAGAAUUUCCUGCCGGUGUCCGUCAGUUAACACGGGUAUGUCCCUGGUAUCCAGAGCUGUAGGCGCAAUAUGUCGUUUCCGGCGUCUCCUGCUCUGCUGUUGUAUGCCGUGCCUACUGGUGGCAUGUCUCCUGGUCUACGUCACUCUCGCCGUCUGCCUGUCCAUGGCCCCCACACGCCACCAGAGAGCAGAGGACAUCCUUGUCAUCAACACCGUAGACGGGAAGUUCAUAGCCCCAGGAGCAGUGGCUAACCCUGAGCAAGCUGCCCACCCAGAGGGGGCCUUCUGGAAGGACCACAUGGACCUGAAUAAAGCUGGACUGUGGAACCAGCUUCAGUUUAAACUGGACCUGAGGAACAGCAAGGUGCUGCACUCUGUUAAGGCCCGUGCAAUGGGCUUCAAAAGGCUGCCUCCCAUCAGAGCCAGUGUGGGGGGAAGAGCCUGUGUUCUCAGCCUGACCUCGGUCGAGAAAUCGAUGCCGGACUUCCUCACGCUGCCCCGCCACAUCAGGGAGUUCAUUCUGAGGAUGCUGUGCCGGGACUUCCCCCUUGUCACGGACCAGCCACAUUUAUGUAGAGCCGGGUCUGGGAUGGGCAAUGACACGCCUCCUUUCCUGCUACUGGCCAUCAAGAGCCAGGCUGAGAAUUACGAGCAGCGACAGGUCAUCCGGGAGACCUGGGGUAAGGAGGGCCAGGUGAGGGGCAGGACAGGUGAAGGCGGGCUGGUGCGCCGGGUGUUCCUGCUGGGGAGAGGUGGCAUGAGACCCAAUGUGACCCAGGAGGAGUUGCUUAGAGUGGAGAACCGGCGGCACAGGGACCUCCUACGCUGGGAGUUCAAGGACACCUUCUUCAACCUGACACUGAAGGACGUGCACCUCUGGCGCUGGCUCGCCCGUCGCUGCCCACACACCCGCUUCGUCUUCAAGGGGGACGACGACGUCUUCGUCAGGACCCCGGCCCUGUUGGACUACCUACAGGAGCAGGUGGAUAAAGAGCAGCAGAAGGCGGCUGCAGGGCUGAAGCAUGACAGGAAGAUGGAGAACUUUGUGGUGGGCGACGUGAUCCCACUAGCUCAACCAAGCCGCUCCAAAGAUGUCAAAUAUUACAUCCCUAGGAGCUUGUACACGGGUACGUACCCCACGUACCCGGGUGGGGGUGGGGUGGUGUACUCUGGGGCACUGGCCCAGCGACUUGAAGAGGUGUCGCAGAAGAUUUACCUGUUCCCUAUCGACGACGUCUACGUGGGCAUGUGUCUGGAGAAGCUAGGGGUGAUUCCGAGGCACGAGCCAGCGUUCCUCACGUUCGACUUCCCUGAGGAAGAGGACAUGCGCUGUGCACACCACAGCAUCCUGCUCGUCCACAAGCGCAGCCCCGAAAUGACGAGGAAGCUUUGGGCAGAGGUCCUCGCACCUCCCCCCGAAUGCCUCAACACGUCCCUCAGACUAGAGCCUACGCCCAAGCCCAAGCCCACAGAAGGGGAGGACCCUCCCAAACAGGUGCCAAAUAAUAAGGAUGAAACUGACAUCAUGGACUUAAUGUGAGACCUCAGAAGUACUUUUCUUUUGGUAUUCUUCAUUGCUGGACCUGCUAAUGUUGACUCAGGAUUUUAUAUGGAUGAUGGCAUCAUUCGUAUUGUCUCAGAGAUGGGAUGUAAAUUUGUUUUGGCUCAGGGAUAUGGCCCUUGAAGUGUUAUUUGUGAAGUGAAUAUUUAGACAGUCUGGGUGGUUCCCCAGUUCGGGGAAUAAAACGAAUCCUGGACCCAUUUUAAAACACUGUAUAACACAAGACUAAUCUUGCUAUUGGAUAAGGAUGUCAGAAUUCACAGGUUUGUGUUCGGAGUAACCAAAUGUGUGUGUGUGUGUGUGUGUGUGUGUGUAUGGAGGGGGUCACAAACACCAUUUUAACAUACCCUCUCGUUUAACUGAACACACACACAGGCACCCAUAACAACUGCACCACACACACACAUGAAUAGCCAGAAUCCAUGGACAAGUGCACAAACACACAUUCAGCAAUGGAUCCAAUCUCAACCACCUAGAACUCAUACAUCAUCAAUAACCAGGUUUGCCGCAAGAAAAAAACCUGUGCGAAGUAGCCCUUCCUUAUACAGAGGUUGAUAUACAGGGAGUAAUGAUUGUUUUAGUCAUGAUGAACACUGUGAAACUUUUAUAUGUAUGUUUUCUAUUGUACGACUAUAUUCUAUUGUAAGAGUUAGUCUAUUAAAUUCCUACUAUCCUACUCGAUAUACAGAGAUUAAUGAUUGUUUUAGUCAUGAUGAACACUGUGAAACUUUUAUAUGUAUGUUUUCUAUUGUACGACUAUAUUUUAUUGUAAGAGUUAGUCUAUUAAAUUCCUACUAUCCUGCUCGAUAUACAGAGAUUAAUGAUUGUUUUAGUCAUGAUGAACACUGUGAAACUUUUAUAUGUAUGUUUUCUAUUGUACGACUAUAUUCUAUUGUAAGAGUUAGUCUAUUAAAAUCCUACCGUGAGAAUGUUGUACAGUGUCAUUGUAACUUUAUAUUCAUUAGGAACGUAAAAAGACAGGCAAUUCACUCCUGGGGUGAUUACCCAACCAGGCCUGCCUUUCCUGUUUUAGAGGUCAGGGGAGAGCAUGAGGGCUGGUAUCCAUGUUGCCUCGCCUGAUUGGGUCUGAGGCUGAACAAGGGCUAUAUAACAAUAAAUAUUUAUUAAUUUGAUCAGUCAUUGGGGUCAUUUCAUAGCUGGUGAGUAGGUGAGUCUUCCUGUCCCGGUGUUUA